AUGCCGAACCCUCAUCCUUUCGACCCGCUCUCCCCGGGAGAAAUUGCACAGGCCGCGGCCAUCGUUCGUAGAGAGCUGGCCGGAAAAGACCUCAAUUUUCGAGUCAUCACUCUACAGGAACCGCCCAAGCAGGAAAUGAUCCUGUUCUUAGAGGCAGCGCGGCAGGGACAAGACUAUGCACCUCCAGUACGAGCCGCUUGUGUUCAGGUGACCUUGAUGGGAGACUCCAAGUCGAAUGUCAUGGUUGAGCUGACGGUCAAUCUCACGUCUGGAUCCGUGAUCAAAAGAGAGGAUCUACCGGGGAAGCAUCCCUUUAUUGAUUCCGCAUACAUGCAAGCCGCUGAAAAGGCUUGCCGAGCUGAUCCCCGAAUUGAAGCAGAGAUCCAGAAGCUCGGGCUUCCAAAGGACGCCGAGGUGGUCGUUGAGCCAUGGGCAUACGCGACCGAUGGAAUGAAUAAUAUGUCGGAGCGAACGACAAUGUGUUGGUUUUACAUGCGUCUUCUCCGCCAUCCGGAUGCCAAUUUCUAUGCGUAUCCACUUGACUUGUGUGCCGAAGUCUCAGAGCAGUUGCAGGUCACCAAGAUCUAUCAUCUACCUUCUUCAGAAGGGGAACGUGUGCGCUCGGACGCUCGACCGUAUGACCAUGACAAGAUUCACGCUGCAGAGCUCAGUGAAUAUCAUCCUCAUUUGAGACCCCCACCGCGAACAACGACGAAACCAUAUCAGGUUGUCCAGCCCGAGGGUCCCUCUUUCCAGGUGGAUGGAAAUCUGCUGAGCUGGGAGAAAUGGACGAUGCGUGCAGGCUUUAAUUAUCGAGAGGGUCUCACGCUACACGACGUUCGAUAUAGUGGACGAAGCCUCUUCUACCGUCUGGCCUUAUCAGAAAUGUUUGUCCCAUAUGGUGAUCCCCGAAUGCCCUACCCGCGCAAAGGAGCGUUUGACCUAGGCAACGACGGGGCAGGAAUCAAUGCCAAUAAUUUGAAACUGGGCUGUGACUGCUUGGGCACGAUCAAGUACUUCGAUGCCUGGCAUAAUACGGCACAGGGUGAGCCACUCAAGCUGCCGAAUGUCGUGUGUUGCCACGAACAGGACGACGGGAUCCUCUGGAAGCACACCAAUCAUCGGACACAGAACGCGGUGGUGACUCGAUCGCGGAUCCUUGUAUUGCAGACGAUCAUCACGGUCAGCAAUUACGAGUAUAUCUUCGCCUUCCAUUUUGGCCAAGAUGCCUCGGUCCAUUACGAAGUCCGGGCCACAGGGAUCCUCUCCACUUGUCCCAUCAACGAGGGAGACAAAGUUAGCUACGGCACGGUUGUCGCACCAGGUGUACUGGCACCCUAUCACCAGCAUCUCUUCUCACUUCGCAUUGACCCGGCCAUCGACGGAUAUGCAAACUCGCUGCAGGUCGAGGAAUCGGUUCCCUUGCCCAUUAAUGAUUUAAAUAUCCACAACCCCUUUGGAGUUGGCUACACCACCAAGUCAAAAAUCAUCUCCACCGAGGGGGGCCAUGACCUGGACUUUAUGAGCAAUCGCACCUUCAAGAUCAUCAACGAGAAUAAAAUGAAUCCCGUCACGGGGUCACCAGUGGGCUUCAAACUGAUGCCAUGCUACAGCCAGCUGCUGCUCGCACACCCGCAGUCAUACCACGCACGACGCUCCGAAUUUGGAAGUCAUGCAGUCUGGGUGACCCGUUACCAGGAUGAUGAGCUAUACCCAUCAGGUCGUCACACGAUGCAGUCUCUUGGUGGAGAGGGGAUCGGCUCAGUGAUUGCGCAGCGCGCAGGAGAUCCCGUGGCAUCGAAUGUGCGAAACGAAGACAUCGUGAUAUGGCACACCUUUGGAUCGACGCAUAAUCCACGCAUUGAAGAUUGGCCCGUCAUGCCCUCUGAGAAGAUGGUGGUUGGUCUGAAACCCAUCAAUUUCUUCGCGGGUAAUCCAGGGCUGGAUGUCGCCGUCUCAACACAGGAGACCAACCGAAGCGUGUUGGCGGAUGACAACAAGCAGUGUCAUUCCGGUGCAUGUUCACGCCUGUAA